AUGCAUUUGAAAGAGUCCGAGUCCAGUGGAGAAUGGCUAACCGAAGAGAGAAUGGUGAAGAAGUGGAAAUACAACACCGAUGUACUGGAGUACUUCGUUGAGGUUUCCACGAAGCAGACCAUCAAACACAGCGAGUUGCUGAAACGUGUCGAGACAAUGGACUGUGGAGAUGCCAAGCUGCAUUCGGACCAGGAGAAAGAGGCUGGAGACAUGACGACAUCCAUAGAGCCGCUUGCUCUCGUGGACGAUAGCAAGGCAGUGGCCAUGCCAGAGCAGGUGGGAGAGAAGGCCAUGGCAGGUUGA